GAUACCACACCAGAUGAACUGCUGUCUGCUGUUAUGACAGCUGUCCUUCAAGAUGUCAAUCUUCGUCCUGAGGUGCUGGGAGACAUCUGUGUUGGAAACGUGCUGCAGCCUGGAGCUGGUGCUUUGAUUGCAAGAGUUGCACAGUUUCUCAGUGGUAUUCCAGAGACGGUGCCGUGCUGCAGCGUGAACCGGCAGUGCUCCUCGGGGCUGCAGGCCAUUAUCAAUAUAGCUGGUGGCAUCCGCAAUGGAUCGUAUGACAUUGGCUUGGCCUGUGGUGUGGAAACGAUGUCCCUCAGAAGUGCAAAUAAUCCUGGUGAUAUCAGUUCCAGCAUGAUGGAAAACAGCAAAGCUCGAGAUUGCCUUAUUCCGAUGGGAAUAACCUCAGAAAAUGUGGCAGAGAAGUUUGGAGUUUCCCGGAAGAAGCAAGAUGCCUUUGCCUUGGCUUCCCAACAAAAAGCAGCGAAAGCUCAGCAGAUGGGGCUGUUCAAAACUGAGAUUGUUCCAGUGAAGACCACUGUUUUAGAUAAUCAGGGCAACCAAAAAACAGUCACCGUGCACCAAGAUGAAGGGAUCAGGCCCUCCACGACCCUGGAAGGUUUGGCAAAGCUGAAGCCUGCCUUCAAGGAGGAUGGCAGCACCACAGCAGGUAACGCCAGCCAGGUCAGCGAUGGAGCAGCUGCUGUUCUCCUGGCAAAGCGCUCGAAAGCAGCACAACUGGGGCUCCCCGUCCUGGGGGUGCUCCGCUCCUUCGCGGUGGUUGGGGUCCCACCCGAUGUCAUGGGCAUAGGCCCAGCCUACGCCAUCCCUGUAGCUGUGGAGAGGGCAGGUCUGACUCUGAAUGACAUUGAUAUAUAUGAAAUUAAUGAAGCCUUUGCAAGCCAGGCUGUGUACUGCGUUGAAAAGCUGGGCAUUCCCAUGGAGAAGGUCAACCCCCUGGGAGGAGCAAUAGCUCUGGGACACCCGCUGGGCUGUACUGGUGCUCGUCAGGUUGUCACUUUGCUCAAUGAAUUGAAGCGCAGAGGGAAGAGGGCGUACGGCGUGGUAUCGAUGUGCAUUGGAACUGGCAUGGGCGCUGCAGCAGUGUUUGAGUACCCAGGGAACUAAACCCCACUGUGCUGACAAAACGACACAACAGCUAAUUCUCUGCCUUCCCUUGUAAUAGCGAAUGAUUGGCACUGUGAAAUCAAGUGGGUUCAGGGAUUCGUUACUAGAUUUACAAAUCUGCGGCACAAAUUGCGAGGUAGAAUAAAUCACACAGAUCUGCUGAGCAGGUGGGGAAAUG